UCGAUUAAUCAAUUUUUUCAACAAUCGAUCCAAUAUUUGUGUAUGUUUCAAAGUAAUUUUCAACAAAAAAAUCGUCCCUUAAAAAAAACUUCAAACAAUGAAAUUCGUUGGAUUAUUGUUUGUUUUGUUGGCCAUCGUUUUGGUUGCUAUCGCUGAUAAUACAACUGAUCAGGCAAAUAAAUAUGUUGAUCAAAUUAUUCCUACGAUUAUCAAAACAAAACAUUUGGAUCCAUUAAUAAUUGGCCAUCAAAAUAUAAAGUUUGAUACUUCAUAUGAUUGCAUUCCUAUUUCGAUUAAUAUUGAAAUGCAAAAUGUUACAGUUAAUGGUCUAAGUCAUAUUCAUCGUAAUGGUAAUGCUGUAAUGAGAAAUAAUAGCAAUAUCAUAGAUAUUCAAUUACAAUUGAAUGAUGAAAAUAUUAUUGCAACCAGUAAUGUGAAUAUAGAAACUACUUUAAAAAAUUUUGAUAAUUUAAAUUGUCAAGUCGAUUAUGGUAAUAUUGAUAUUAAAUUUGAAUUAGAAAAAAAUCAUGACCAAUUUAAAGUUAAACAAUUCCAAAUUGAUGAAUUUAAACAAUGUGAAGUAACUGUUCAGGGUUCAUCAGAAGUUGAAUCAUACAAAGAAUAUUAUAACGAUGAAGUAUGUAAACAGAUGAGAGAAUUGAUACAUCCAAUUAUUGAACAGAAAAUUAUUUCAUUUUUAAAAUACACACAAUAUUAUUAUUAAUAAUAAUGAUAAUAGUAAUCAAGAUGAUUAUCAUGAUUAUAAAUUACAAUUACA